UCUCAGUCAGUCCGGAGACCCACCAAGGUGAGGUCCGAGUCGCUCCUGCUGUCCCCACUGGCCUGGCCAACGCCUCCACACCUAAUAUCCCCAAGCUGUCCAACACCAGAGAUGCUGAGGCCAGCCCUGGAGGUCCGCGGAGGCUUCUCUUUCGAGAACUGCCAGAGAAACACGGCUUUGGGACGGCUCCUCCCGGACUUCCGAGUCCCUCACGCACGCAAAACCGGGACCACCAUCGCGGGCCUGGUGUUCCGCGACGGGGUCAUCCUGGGCGCAGAUACACGAGCCACUAACGACUCGGUCGUGGCGGACAAGAGCUGCCAGAAGAUACACUUCAUCGCCCCCAACAUCUACUGCUGCGGAGCUGGAGUCGCCGCAGAUACCGAAAUGACUACGCGGAUGGCGGCGUCCAACAUGGAGUUGCACGCGCUGGCCACAGGCCGCGAGCCGCGAGUGGCUACGGUCACCCGCCUACUGCGCCAGACGCUCUUCCGGUACCGAGGCCACGUGGGAGCGUCGCUGAUCGUGGGCGGAGUGGACCUGAAUGGGCCGCAGCUGUAUGGUAUACACCCUCACGGCUCCUUCAGCCGCCUGCCCUUCACCGCCCUGGGCUCCGGCCAGGACGCAGCUAUGGCGAUGCUGGAAGACCGGUUCCAGCCGAAUAUGACGCUGGAAGCCGCCCAGAGCCUGUUGGUCGAAGCCAUCACCGCGGGGAUCCUCGGGGACCUGGGCUCCGGGGGCAGUGUGGAUGCGUGUGUGAUCACGGAGACUGGCGCCAAGAUGCUGUGGACACUGAGCUCUCCCACGAAGCCCCUGGAAAAGGUCAGCCACUACCAGUUUGCACCUGGGACCACAGCCGUUCUGACUCAGACCGUGCAGCCACUGGACCUAGAGCUACUGGAGGAGACAGUGCAGACCAUGGAGGUGGAGUGAAGCAGCAGGUGGA